CUUUAAACUUCUGGACCUCAACUUGACAUCUUCCAACAUAUUUAUCCAGGUAUAUUAUUUACACAUAUUAGACUAGGAAUUAGUAGCUGGUUAUUUCUAUUCUUUCCCGUCCUUAUUCCAGUCAAGUACUAUAAAAGGGAGCUUCGACUUGGUCGCAUUUUUCACGAUGCGACGAACCACGACAACAAAGCGUGACGUACUCUUCAUAGCAUCCGUCCUGCCCUGCGCAGUAGUCUACUAUUGUGUGAAAUACUCCCUGCGCGCCGUCGGAAAGACUUUUAGCGCCGUAGAUCGUGCUCGGCAGAAUCAUCGAAUCAGGACACGCAAGCGUCCUAAAUCGAAGCCGUUAGCUGUGGUUCCAUCUAAGUCCAAGAGGACAACCCCCAUUACCGGCACCGGUACCGGCACGAAGACUUCCUUUUUGCACUUACCCCCGGAGAUCCGCCUCAUGAUCUACCAUCUAGCGUUAGGAGACGCGGCAAUUAUACAAGUCCGUCCUAGAUACUCAGUUCGUGGCCCGCGGCCGGAGACGUGGAGUCCGAUGCAAGGGAUCCGAGGCGAACACGACCCGCCAAGCGAGACGCUGCGCCGGACCAUUGGCCUAGGCGGCUCUCCCGCGCGGCAGAUAGUCGUGCCGCCUAGGUGCGGGUGCGUCGGAUACGGGGCCCGAUUGCAACUGAUCUGCGGGGAAACAUUCUACUCGUUGACGUCGCGGUCCCAAUACCACGAUCAGGUCUUCUUCACCGACCUGCUACGCGUGAGCCGGGCCGUGUACAACGAUGGGUUAGACCUCCUGUACGCAAACCACACCAUCUCCUUGUUCGGCGUCGAGAUGGCCCGGUACUUCUGCCGAAACGCAAGCCCCGAGGGCAUGGCCCGGGUGCGCUGCGCGCAUGUCGCGCUUCUCAUCCCCGCCUCAACCUGGAACUCCUCUCUGCACAAGAGGAACGUCAGGGAGUCGAUAAAACUACUACGCAGCUCGCUGCCGCACUUGCAGCAGCUGGACGUCGAGGUUGCGGUCACGUGGGGCCAACCGAAGGAUGCGAAGCGGUUUUGGAGCUGGCUGGUAGGGGAUGAUAUGCUGGGACAGUUUCGCGGGUUGGAUGAAUUUGUGCUCAAGGCAUCCGCAUAUAUACCGUUUGCGAGAAGGCCGCGUGGGGGUACGGAGGCGUGGACGCCGGAAUACGAGAUUCUGGGGUCGUGGGAUGAAGGUGAGUAUCAGGCCCUGAAAGAGAGGGUGACAAAUUCGGAUGAAGUAGUUGGCCCUUCUUGAAUUAUUGUCUGGUAUAUUAUUUUGCAUGUUGACCCUUACGAACUAUGAACUAUCAAUAAUACUUCUGGUUUGUUAUGCUAGAUGGCUACCUAGGUUGUCACACUAGGGUAUUGACUUGCACUACCGAUCUCACGAAUUGUACU